UCAAAAUCAAUUUUGGAUAAAUCGAAUAAUUUUUAUUAAAGUUUAUUAAUAUUUUAAAUAAAGUGGAUCCACGAAAAGCGGUGAAUUUCACGUCCCCACUCUUGUUUUUUGCCAGGAUAACAGCCGCUGUGAGAACAUGGAAGGGGAAGGAACAACAUCAAGUUGGGUUAGGUUAGGUCAAAUGAAAACGCAACCCCCGAAAGAGAGCCAGUAACACCGAUAACGCGGUCGGAGCAACAUCGAAGCCCCAAAAAGUCCGAAAUCAACAAUUUCGAUAUAAUAAAACUUGUUCGUGUUAAUUUUUUUUUACGUGACCUGGAUUUUAUUUUGUAUUUCACAUUUUCACUUCUCUUCAAGUGUCGUGAGUUAUUUUGAAGAAUUUCGUUAUCAUCGAGGAAAAAUAAGGAUUAAGAUUGUUUUAAUGUUAUGAGUAAAUAAGAAUUUAAUUAAAUUGAAAUGGAAGAUCCCCAAGAAAAUUUUCGCCAAAGAUUGUCAUCAUCACUUUUGAUUGCGAGCCAAUUGGUUGCAUCUUCGGGAACGAUGGGUCCUGAGGAAUAUUUAAGGGGUUAUGGAGCAGCGUGGGCUUUACAACGCUCGGUUCCUGAGCAACUCGCUGUUGAGUUGCGCAAAUUGGCGAAUAAUAAUAAUAACAACAACAAUAAUCAUCUUUUUGGGAAUGCGAAAAGUGUUAGGAAUGUUGAGGAGAAUGAAAGGGUAUUAUCAAAGAAGCGUAAGCUCACCCAAAAUGUUCCAAAAACCAUCGCGAUUCCCCUCGAUUCUUCAUCGCCGGUUUUGGAGUCAUCCCCAAGAAGUUCUGUUUCGCCUCCGAGCAGUAUUGAAUCUUUAACAAAAAAUGGUGAAACAUUAGGAAAAGAUCGCCAAUUCACUUGCGGCGUUUGUAAUCGCUCAUUUGGUUAUAAACACGUGCUACAAAAUCACGAGAGAACUCAUACAGGUGAAAAACCUUUUGAGUGCCAACAAUGUCAUAAAAGAUUCACGCGAGACCAUCACUUAAAAACGCACAUGAGAUUACACACCGGUGAGAGGCCGUAUCAUUGUGACCAUUGCGAUCGACAAUUUGUACAAGUUGCAAAUUUAAGGAGACAUUUAAGGGUACAUACAGGGGAAAAACCGUAUGUUUGUGAAUUUUGUUCGUCGAAAUUUUCAGAUUCGAAUCAAUUAAAAGCGCAUAUGUUGAUACAUACAAACGAAAAACCAUUUAGUUGUGAAAAAUGCCAUUCCAAGUUUCGUAGAAAACAUCAUUUAUUACAACAUAAAUGUGGUGCUAACGUUGACGAAGAAGUAAGUUCCGAUGUUUCUGAUUACGUCGAUGAAGAUGUAAGGAAACGAUCUUCACCUUUAAUUUCAAUUUCGCCUAUAAAUCCAAAUUCUUUAACGAAUCCUUUAUCAAAUCCGAUAUUACCAAUUUCGUUACGUCAAAUACACAAUUCAAUCCCGGAACAAACGGAACCCGAAGAUUUAUCGAUGAGUACCGGAAGAAAUUCGAAUUCAAGCGGAUUUUCGAGCGUUUCGCCGAGUUCUUGCGAAGAUCACGAUCACGAAGACGACGACAGAAGAAUUUAUUUGCAAAGAAGAGAUUUGGUGGAAAUAAAAACGGAAAUUAACUAA